AUGGACGUGGGGUAUUACGUUCCCCCUCGGUGCACCAGGCUUGUUUCCUCAGUCAUGGAUGCAUUCGUUGGUGCCUCCGAGAGGCAGUUUAAGGAGAUUGAUGCCGCCUGUAAAAUACAAUCGUUGUACCGAAUGUGGCGUGAGCGUUGUGCAUACCGGCGUAUUCGCAAUGCCGCCCUAAACGUACAAAGAUUGUACCGUGGCCACCUAGAUCGCAGACGUGUGUUGGAGACGCGGGCUCUGAAUGCUGCCCUCCACGAGGGAUCAGUCUACGAAUAUUACGCUUCUCUUAUACAGGCUUGCUUCCGUGGUUACUAUGUGCGUCGGUACGUGGACAACUUCUAUGCAAGGAGAAGUUACGUUCAAAUGACAGUAAAGGCAUCUGACGCUGUGCGGGAGGCGGCGGAGGUGCAGUUGAAGGAGCAGCAGGAGCGUGAGGCGGCGGAGAAGAUAAGAAGGAGAGAUCUUAGGUACAAGAGGGCCACAGAGAAAUUGCACUACAUAACUUCCACUUUGAAUUGUGGAGGGAUAUACAAGCGUCCCACGGAUAUCUCCUCGGCGACAACAAUAUAUGGAACGUGCGUGGAGGAUGACAUUCGGAAUGGGUCGAAGGCCGUUCGUCGCCCACAGCUGGAAACGACAGUGCGCAAUAGGCUGAAGAUGGCCUCCGUGUCGGCCAGGAAGGAGAGAGGAGAGUGGGGCAGAAGACCACCCGCGUCUCAGGACCUUCAGCAAGCAGGAGGAGACACGGGUGAAAAGACGGAUAGCAUGAUGUAUUUUACUGUAACAUCAGGCGCAUGGAACCGUAGCGGCGUGAAGGGGUGUAGCCUUCCGCCCAUUCGCGGUCCAGAUGAAGUGGACGCGGUGAAAUGUAACGUGGUGUCGCAUUGUUGCAUUGAGGACUUUCUGUCCACGUACGAUGAAGAAAAGUUGAAGAUAGAGCGUUCAGUAGACAAGAAAGAGAUUGAGUUGGCACACAAAAAGCAGCGAUUCACUGUCUCAGCCUCCGCUUCUCUAUAG